AUGGGAACGCAGUUCAACCAAAGACAUGGAGUACUACGUCGCAAGUUCGAACCCAAGGCCACCAAUCGCGCCAAGGACUAUGGAGGAACAAAGCAGUUUUGGACUCCGGGUGCCAUCGUUCGACGUGUUGGAAACACAACUUUCGUGCGUUGUGCAAAUCUGCCAUGGACCCGACACGUGAACCAGCUGCGACCUCGAAGCGACAGAACCACAACAACAACUAUAAACACUCCUUCAGAUGUGUUCGAUCUGCCACUCUUCGAUUAUGUGAGCAAGGACCGUGCGCCGCAGACGACUUCGACCGACCACUACGACGAUCGCAACGCAAUGGACGACCGCAACGCCGACUCCAGCUGGACCCUAAGAGGUCCCAAUACGAUGCACCUUAAGAGGGGAGGUGCUGUAGGGUAUUAUUGA